AUGAUUAUGUACGCAUGCGUAAUGAAAGUUGGAAUGAUCGGUGCGUGUUUACUGAAUGCACAUGGAGUCCCAGAUACAGUGAUCGAUCCAUGUAAACAAAAGAUGUUGGAUAACGAAAGACUGUUGAAUGAUGUUGGUGUAUCCCCAUUUGAGUGUGGAUCAACUUCAAUGCCACCCAUACCUAAAGGAGGAUUACUAGUUCGGGUUGCUUGUGCAGGUGCCUGCUUUGCAGAAGGCCAAGUUAAGAAGAGGGACAUCAGACCUCAAUUGCCUGGUUUGGAAAUUGCUGGAUAUGUACAAGAUGUCUGUAGCUCACUGCCAAAUAAAAACUUCACACAGGGCGACAAAGUUAUCCUUUACCAUGAUGAAGGUGUGCUAAGCACAGGCUGUGCCGAAUAUUUAGCUGUUAGUGAUGUUUCAAAUUGCAUACAGAUUCCACCAUCAAUACCACUUGAAGUAGCUGCACAGUUGUCUGGAAGUGCACUGACUGCAUAUUGUGCACUGAUCAAGGCCAAGUCGCAUGUGGAGAAAUUAAGAGAAGUAAAAUCUUGUGUGAAUGUUAUGAUUAUUGGUGCUGGUGGAUUAGGUCUAUGGGCGGUCAGAAUAGCCCAGGCUUUAGUAGGUCCAACAGAUAAUGGGGUCCGAGUAUAUGUAGCUGAUCACAGUAUUGACAGACUCUUAGCAGCCCAGGAUCAUGGUUGUUAUGACAUUAUACACUGGAAUGAAGAAGACCAUGAACAGUACAUCGUAGAGAGGACUUUAGAUGCUUGCAGAGGUGGUGUCGAUGUUAUAGUGGAUUUCGUCAGUUCCCCCAGAACAGUUCAAAGAGAUCUCAAAGUUCUGAAUAGGGAGGGUUUAAUACUGGUUGGUGGAAACACAUUGUCAGAAGUCAGCAUCAAUUUGAAUGUACUCGCUGCUAAACAACAAAGUAUAGCUGGCAUUCCCCAGGGAACAUUUGAGCAACUACAACAAAUUAUUGACAUGGUGGCUGACAAUAAGGUGGAGCCACCAAUGUAUCAUGUUUUCCCAGCUUGUGAUGCACAACAAGUAUAUCAAGAUUUAGCACAAUGUCGGAUCAUAGGACGCGCUAUUCUGAGUUAUAUGGACUCGACACAAACACUUGAUAACCAGCAUUAGAUCUGAAAAUUCCAAACAAUUUAUCUGUGAUUUAUUCUAUGAACGACUGACGCCCCCCUCAGGGAUUCAGAAAACUCGCAAACAAUCAGUAGUUUGUUGAACACGCCCCGUAGAGGCUUAAAGGAAGUUGAUACCACUAGGGCGUUGCUGUUGUAGGCAACCGUCAGUCUGGAAAAACAGAACUUAUUUCAAAUGGUGCUGUGAUAUUAAUUUAAAUAUUCAUGAACAUGCAAAUUAGUGUAUGACUUGAAUAUAUGACCUUUUGUUUAUAUUGUGUAAAACUCUUAAAAUUGUAAAUUUUGAACAUGUUCUGAACUAAGGUAUAUGUACAUGAAGUUCAUUUAGAAAUGUUAAGAAUUAUAUAAAUUUUGCCAUCUGAAAAGAAAGAGUAUGUGACGAAAUUGUAUACAAGUUUGUUGUGAACAAUUAGAGAGAAAAAGUGAACAAAAGUUGUGAAAGUUGUAAAAUAAGCAUGUUCGCUUGCAAUUGAAAAUGGCAUUAUUAGUUUUUAAUGUAAUUUCGAUAUAGAUAUUUUUUUUCGUUCCAAAGAGACAUUUUGUGAGCAGUUGGAGAUUUUUUGCAAACGGUCAGUAUUUAAGUGCUGGGAGUAAUAAUUUAAUUUGGUGCAAUCUAUACAUGUACAAGAUGUGUGGAUGUUAAGUUAGUGCUAAUUUUGUAUGGAAGUAUGGUUUUUCUUACAGUGCUAAUUGUGUAUGAAAAGUAUGGUUGACUUGUGCUAAUUUUAUAUGGAAGUACAAGUGUGUUCGAAUUGUGCGAAUUUUGUGUGGAAAUACACUUGUGCUAAUUUAGUGUGGAAGAAUUGUUUAUAAGUGUUAAAAUUGCAUGAAAGGUACAGGUUACAUGUGUAAUUAUUGAAAGAUUGGUUGUUUAAAACUUGUUAAUGUUUUAUAUAAUUGUAAAAGAAAUAAAGUGGAAGAAACACUCUA